AUGGCCAGAACCCUUACCGCCUCAGAACGACUGGCGGAAGGAUACGUUCCAGAUCCGGCCCAGUUUGAUGUUCAUGAUCGUGCGUGGGGUUACUUGCAAGCAUUGGUGCCUGAAUUUCCUUCAGGAUAUCUUGAGCGACAAACGUACUCUGCUGUAAAAAGAACUGGUUAUCUUAUCGGUCGUGGACAAGGCAACGACUUUCCGUAUGUUCGAGGUGAAAUUAGCAAGCAACACUGUCUGAUCUACAUGGAAAGCGGCACCGAUGGUGUUCAAAGAGGCAUCAGCGUGUAUUUGGAGGAUCUCAGGUACAGUUUUCAUAUGAAUAAAUUAUCCACGCGCACCCUACUCAUUCAUCUCUAUCGCAUCAUUCUCCCUCCUCAAUUCGAAGUUGGUACAUUCCACGAAGAAUAUCGACUAGCACACGUAUUAGGCCGCGGCAACUUUGCACAUGUGUAUUUUGCGGCUCACAAGAUAACAGAUAAGGAAGUCGCCGUGAAAAUCAUAAGCAAAAGCAAAUUUGAUCGUCGGCCCAAGAUGUUGCCCUCGGUUAUCCAGGAAGUUAGCAUCCUCAUGUCGUUAGAGGCUCAUCCUUGUGUCAUACAGAUCGGCAAGGUAUUCAACGAGCCAAAGUACCUGUAUCUCCUCCUAGAAUAUGUUCGUGGUGGAGAACUCUUCGAUUACGUUGUGCACCGCAGUCGUUUAACAGAAGACGAAACACGCUUUGUCUUCUUCCAAUUGUUUACUGCUAUUGAUUUUCUUCAUAGCAAAGGUAUAGCUCACCGCGACCUGAAACCCGAAAAUGUACUGCUCGUCGACAAACAGAAAUUACACGUCAAGAUAACAGACUUUGGCCUGGCUAAGAUACAAAAGGGGGCAACGGCCUUUGUCAGUCAAUGUGGAACUCCAAACUACGUGGCACCAGAGAUUCUUGAUCCAGCAGGAAAAAGAGCGUAUGGCAAAGAGUGCGAUUUGUGGAGCUUAGGCGUCAUGCUCUAUAUCUGUCUAUGUGGAUUUCCGCCUUUCAAUGAUGAACUUUCGCCACCGCCAAUGAAGGAACAAAUCAAGAGUGGCCUUUAUACCUUUCCAACACCGUACUGGGAUGAUAUUCACCCUGAAGCUGUGCAACUCAUCCGCCGUCUAUUAACCGUUGAUCCAGCCCAGCGCAUAACCGUUAAGGAAGCUUUAGUAAGUUCUAUUAUACCAUUAUCCAUCUAUCUUUCUAUGCAUACACAACUGAUUGAAAAUCAUUUUUUCUUUAUCUCUUUUUGGUUCCUGUAGGAUCACCCCUGGAUGAUGAUGGAGGUAAGGCAAGAAGAGGAGGGAACAAUUACUACUGCUUUUCUUAUCUUAUCGGUUCGAAAUGCUUGUUGUACAUUACUGAUAUCGGUCUUUCUGUCUUCUUCUAUGUUAGCCGGAAACACUCACUAGAAGAUGCAAUGACGUUGAGCUCGGCUUUGAAAGAAUGUUGCUGGCACACCAAG